CAAGAAAAAACUUUUUCACUUACAGUUCGUUACAGGGCCGUAGUUUGGGAACUGUUUUUGUUUCUUACACAUUACCUCGUCGCCACUAGAUCGAUUCUUAACACUUAACGCCAAAAAUUGGAACACACUGAGAUUGCAUGGUUACAAAAACGACAACAGCUAGACAAACUGGAAGAAUUCUGGUGUGCGGCAGAGUGGACCUAUGUAGAAGCGUAUUUGGAGAAACUCUAAAUGAAAGUAGAGAUCCAGACCAUGGACAAUCAGAAAGAUAUACAUCGAGGUUUUUUCUGAAGCACUCGUUUCUAGAGCAAGCAUUUGACAUGCUUGUCGAGCAGGGUUUUAAAAUGGCUGGCAGUUGCGGCUCAGGGACAGCUGGAGCAGCAAAUGCAGAUCUAAAGCCCGGGGUGGAUGCUGAAGAGAAUCGUUGGAAUCACUACAAUGAGUUCGUUUUUAUACGAGAUUAAUCAUCAGCAAGCACUGGUUGAUUCUUGUGUAUAUUGUUACCGUGAUUCACUUCCACACUAGGAAAUAUUCGGGAUGUCGGCUGGACAUGUGAGUUAGUUGGUUAUACAAUAGCUCCACGAUUACAUACAUCGUGAAGCUUGGUCAAAUGGCCGAGCACUGAGAACAAAAUUGAUAUUAAAUACAUAGGAUCAACUAGUAACAAAAGUUGGGUCAUUUGAGAUGAUUGAGUUAAUUCUAUAAAUGUCUCACUAGCUGAGUACGCCACUGUGGGUAAAACAUGACAAUUUAUAACAUAUUCGGAAGUUAGUUGUCAGCAGAAAAAAUGUUACUUCUGAUCACUUGUUUCGAAGCAACCAAUAUUCAUGCAGAUAUUUCAAGUACCUGCACAUUUUUCUAAAUACUUCUAGGUAUUCAAGACUGUCGAGAUAUCUUGACUUAUUUAUUUGAUACCUUACAUAGUUGCAUUGAUACUUCUAUGAACUUCGAGUGCUUGGACAUAUACUUCAAGUACUUCCGCGGGUUUUUUUAAUAUCCUAAGUAUUUAGUAUAUGACGACUUCAUUUAUUUAUUCCUCGAAUAGAUAUUCGAGUACUUCAGUAAGGUCCUUCGAAUACUUCUAGUACUUUUAUAGGUACUGUAUACUACAUUGAUUCAAGUGUGCAUCUACUUCAAGUGAAUAAAUUCGAAAACCAUUGGCAAUAUUUCUAGAGCAGAAAGUAUAUCAAAUAAUAAAAGUGACCCUUUACGAACAUACAUGGUGUUGGAAACUUUGCAAGUGCAUAAAUUCGAAAACCGUUGACAAUAUUUCUAGAGCAGAAAGUACAUCAAAUAAUAAAAGUGACCCUUUACGAAGAUACAUGGUGUUGGAAACUUUGCAAGUGAUAUUGUACAGAAAGGCAGUGUCUUUUUUUCUCAUAUAUUGAAACCAAUAAAAAUUUCCUUCUUAAGGACUGGUCAAAAUAUCCGUUUCUGUGCCACGUCUAUGGUUUGAGUAAGAAAAAUUAUUGCAUGUAUUGAUUAUGCCAUUCGAGCGCACACAAUUUCACGUCGAUAUCUUUAUCC